AUCACGGUGUUAUGGCAUUACUAAAGAUCCAGAAUCUAGAAAUUUUAUGAUAGUAAUGGGAUAUGCAAAAGAUGGUAGUUUAAGACAACAUUUAAAUAAUAGUUUUAAUUCAACAAAAUGGAAUGAAAAGUUGGUGAUUUUACAUAUUAUUGCACAAGGCCUCAAUAAUAUCCAUCAAAUGGGGUUAAUUCAUCGUGAUUUUCAUUGUGGUAAUAUAUUAAAAGAUUGUGAUUUUACUUUUAUUACUGAUUUAGGAUUAUGUCGACCAGCGAAUGUAAAAUCAUCUCAAAAUGAAUGUAAAGAAUUAUAUGGAGUAUUACCCUAUGUAGCACCAGAAGUUUUAAGAGGAAAAGGAUAUACUCAAGAAAGUGAUAUAUAUGGAUUUGGAAUUAUUGCAUAUGAAGUCUGUACAGGGCUUCCUCCUUAUCAUGAUAUUGCUCAUGAUAAAUUCUUAACUAUUAGCAUUUGUCAAGGACUUAGGCCAAAAUCAAAUUAUAAAAUUCCUCAAUUAAUUCUAAACAUAAUUAAACAAUGUUGGGAUGCUGAUCCUUUAAAACGACCUAAAGCAGAUGAAUUACAAGAGUUAUUAUACAAUUUAUGCUAUGAAUCACAGACAACUGAAAUCAAAAAGCAAAUUGAAGAAGCAGAUAAAAUUAAUGAGAAGUUAAUAUCAUCAUCAUCAUUAUAUACUGGUCCUACUCUUUCAUAUACUACAAAUCCUCAAGCAGUUUACACAAGUAGACUUUUAGAUUUUAAAAAUCUUCCAGAACCAAAAAAUGCUAUUGAUAACAAGGAUGAUGAUAAUUCAUUUGGAGAAUAUUCAGAAUCAAUAGAAGCAAUAGACUUUACUAAACUAGACCUAGAUAAAAGCAGCUGAAUAAAAGAAAGGAAGGGUAUAAAUUUCUUUAUUAUUUACUAUUUAUUUUCUUUAACAUUACUACAGAUAUGAAUAUUUUAUUGUUUAUGAUUAAAUAAAGUGUUAUUAUUUAUAAAAUUAUAUGAAAAAUAAAUAGAUGAAUU